AAAAAAAGAUUGACGUAUUUCAUGUUUGUUUGUUUAUUUAAACACGUGCAAAUUUGCGGAGCGCUGAAAGCCUUCUGCGAGUCGCCAGAUCCACCGCGUUACAGUCCGAUGGUUAAAUUACUUAUUUACACUGAUAACUUGGGUGAUGGGAAAUCAGUGCAGACCGGUUUGUUUAGCCAGAUUUCUUUUAAUUUCCUGAAAAAUAGCGAACCCCGCGUUCAGUAAAACUUGUUCAUGGUCUUAUUAGACGACUGUCUGAGGCUGAUUAAAAUCUGGCGAAAGGACAAGGGUUGAAUGUAAUACGCAAAGGUUCUGUCCUAUCAGUAUACCUCUCUAGUUAAAAGUUAACCUAGUAGUGUAAGAAAUAUGACGAUGUGGUAAGGAUCAAUCAGCCGUUGUUAUCGGUGCUCAUGAAUAAGUGAUACACUGUUUUCUCUAAACCGCACAUUUGUAUUCCAGUGGUUCAUUGGCUUUUUUUAACACUUGUGUUUGGAGUGCAUGCCACGCAGUGUGCUGGUUAUUCAUGGCUUACGGGAAGAGCUGAUAGAGCUAUAGUGUGAAGUUUUCAAAAUUUCCAUUUAUAAAGGGCGUUCCCUUGCGUGAGUCGAAAACUUAAUAGUGUAGUAGUUGGAUAAUCUACUGAAAUGGGUAUGUCACUGUCCUAUACAUGAAUAUUUAGGAGUAGUGCCAGACAAUAUCCGCCAACCUGGUCGCGUAGCAAUAAAAAUUUCUAUACGAUAUGUAAUAUAUGUAAUGCUUUUAAAUUCAUCGCUAUUUAGGCUUAUAUUUUAUAAAGACAGACAGCUCUGCUUGAAAUGUUUUGAGGCAGUAAAAAUGGGUAAUGAGUGCAGAUGAUUAUCUAAGGAUGUGGCUUUAAACGCGUGUAUGGACACCUGUGCAUGUGCAUGAAAAAAAUAAUCAGAGUAUUUCCGUUCUGUGUCUUUAAAUGUAUAUAAGCCUUCAGAUUAUUUGAAAAAUGAGCCAAAGCUGUACACGGCUGAGUAAAGAUUUUUCGGGCAUUCAGCCGUCCUUGGGCGCAUGACUGAUUUCUGGGCACGGUUCUGUGACUCGUUUGUUGAAGCACUGGAAAUGGUGGUCUUAAUAGUGUUCGGGAGACCAGUAUUAACAGCAGCAUCUCAAACUCAGUCCUUUCGGGUGUAACAAAGCGUCCUCAUGUUCAGGGAGUUCAGAAUUUGGAGAGAUGCAUUGUGGGAACCCCUGCUGAGCAGACACAAACAGUGACCUUCACCGCGUGGGUCCCCAAAGGAUGCUCGUGUGUCGGCACUGUGGCAGUGAGGGAAGCUUCCUCGCUUAGGGGGCCGCCCUGUGCUUUUGGAGGUCUGUGGGGGGGGGGGCUUCCUGCUCUUCUCCUGGUCCUAUGGGUAGCCUGCCAGCCUCAGCAUGGGCUGCACUUUUGUGGGGGGGCUGCCUUUGUUUCUGCAGUGUGACCUGAUCAUGUAGCUGGCUUCUGUUGCUGCUAAUUAUAUCUCCCCCCUUCCAUUUUUAUACAAUCUGUUUAGAAUCAGGGGGCGGCAUGGCGGUGCAGUGGUUAGCACUGUCGCCUCACACCUCUGGGACCCGGGUUCGAGUCUCCGCCUGGGUCACAUGUGUGUGGAGUUUGCAUGUUCUCCCCAUGUCGUCGUGGGGUUUCCUCCGGGUACUCCGGUUUCCCCCUACAGUCCAAAAACAUGCUGAGGCUCAUUGGAGUUGCUGAAUUGCCCGUAGGUGUGCAUGUGUGAGUGAAUGGUGUGUGAGUGUGCCCUGCGAUGGGCUGGCCCCCCAUCCUGGGUUGUUCCCUGCCUCGUGCCCAUUGAUUCCGGGAUAGGCUCCGGACCCCCCGUGACCCAAUAGGAUAAGCGGUUUGGAAAAUGGAUGGAUGUUUAGAAUCACCAUCGUUCCCUUUUCUGUUUUGGACCAAAAUAAGAACUGCUAUUUGUGUGUGUGUGUGGGGUGCGGGGGGCUGGGCACCUGAUCUUGCUAAGAAGGUAUUUAUUUGAGAUUUACUAAUUUUUCUGACACUUUUAUCCAAAGUGAUUUAUCGAAAGAUCAGAAUUUAUUCAUGCUCCUUGGGAUUCAAACCCACAAGCCCUGCGUUGUCAGCAUGGCGUUGUAGUUGUUGAGCAUCGCACUGUUAAGAUUAGGUUAUUCAAGAUGUGUUUACCCAAAACUUUUAAAUAGAUAUCUGGAAUUGGAGAAUACGCCAUUAUUGAUAAAGUUUUUGCUCAAGAACCUGCAAACAUGCUGAGGCUGGAUUUGAACCGGCGACCUUCUGAUUACAAGCACACAGGCUUAGCCCACAGAGCCACACACUGCCCCCAUACCUCCAGUAUAUAGUUGGAGGGGCCUGGUGCCUCUCUCAGGGAGCACCGGGCACAAAGCAGCUGACACCCUGGAUAGGAUGGCGAUCCAUUGUAGGUUGCACACUAUGGAUAAUUUCGAGAUGCUAGAUCACCUGACCACAUCAUUUUGGACUGCAGUGGAAAAUCCUCAAUAACAGAACUCAUACACUGUGAGAUUGGUGACCCUUCAAGCCAAUAUUACCAUCUCAGUGUUAAUAUUUACCCAAAAAUACCCGCUUUCAUAGUUAGAAAAACGUUUUUGAAAUGAUCGCAAUUUACCCUUCUGUAUUUUAGUGACAGCCCCUUCUGCGCACAGAAGUGUUCAGGUGUUGCUUAAAGUUUGCUGGGGCAUUGUUCUUCUUAAACUUCACAUCCAGUAAGAGAUCUGGUAUCAGCUCGUUGUCCUUCGCCGGCCGAUGACUUUCUUGAGUGACUUGCAGUUCAGUGGUAAACGUUUCUGGAAGCAAUUCAUUGUUACUAGUGCUGUCCAUCCAAAACUGUAACAUCAGCAAAACAUAAAACAGUCCUUAAGCCUUUUUUUUUUAAUUGAUGAGCUCUGUUUUCUUCACCCUCGUGUAGGAGAGUAUUUUUAAAGGUACGUCAGCGCUUGCCUUGAAAAGCGAUCGCACCCUUGCCUGCAGCCUCUGGGUGAUGAUAAAUGUCCGUGUUCCUGUUUGCGCAGAAUGCAAGUCAUUUGUUGUUCGUCGUCCGCUUCAAGAUAAUCUUCGCUGCCAUCAUGUUCGAGGGAUUGUCCUGCAAACUUUCCUUGGUUUAGCUGUGUGACGCAGUGAGCGUGUUGUUAAAGGGGAUGGGAAGAUGGGGCCUGAGAGAUGCCGGGCCGGGCUUUUGGAGCGCCGUCGCGCCCCUGGGGUCUUCGCUGCUGAUCCUCGUGGAAUUCUUUAGCGCAAGCUAAAGCUGGUUCUCAAAGAGUCUGCCCGCGUUCACUGAGCUCUCUGCUCAUGUUGGUAUCAUCGACCAUGAGCUGUUGACUGCGGGGGCUGCCUGUUAUGCCGAUCGAAGAAGGCUUCACACUUUCAAGUCAGCGAUUUUUUUUUUUUUCUUUCACCAUGUGGCCUCUGCCAUCCGCUUUUUUUUGUUGCCUGUGGGCUUUUCUUUUCUUUUCUUUCCUGCUGCUGUGUGACAUUGAUUAACAGCCUAAAUCUUGAGGCUGGAAAGAAGAGGAGUUUGCAGGAUCAGGUGGUGUUUAAGGGCCUCGGCGGAUGAAUAAAUUAAUGGAAGGAAAAUUGUCACUGGCAGACAGAAAAGGCCAUCCAGCCAGCGUGGAGAACAACGAGCAUAGGAGAGGGAGGAGCGAUGAAAGCAGGGAUGACCUGGUUCGCUCCUCCAGCUACAUGGUGUCCAACAAGGCGCAGAUGCUGGCCAUGCCACAGUUCGGCCUGCGGGACAACCUCAUCCGCUCCGAGCUGCUGAAGAACGAGGAGCAGUACAUCUACAUCAAGAACUUCAGGUUUUUUCUAGGUACCUACAAUGUAAACGGGCAGCCCCCCAAGGAAAGCCUCCAGCCCUGGUUGGGUUUUACCUCCGAUCCCCCGGACAUCUACUGUGUGGGGUUCCAAGAGCUUGACCUCAGCAAGGAAGCCUUCUUCUUCAACGACACGCCCAAGGAGCAGGAGUGGACGAAGGCCGUUUGGGAGGGCCUGCACCAAGACUCCAAGUACGCCUUUGUGAAGCUGAUUCGCCUGGUCGGCAUCAUGCUGCUGUUCUACGUGAAGAAGGAGCACGCCGAGCACAUCAGCGAGGUGGAGGCUGAGAGCGUGGGCACCGGAAUCAUGGGAAGGAUGGGCAACAAAGGAGCGGUGGCCAUCCGCUUCCGAUUCCACAACUCGGACAUUUGCGUGGUGAACUCGCACCUGGCCGCCCACGUGGAGGAGUUCGAGCGCCGCAACCAGGACUUCAGGGACAUCUGCAGCCGCAUCAUGUUCCGGCAGAAAGACCCCAGCCUGUCCCUGCUCACCAUCCUGAAGCACGAUGUCGUCCUUUGGCUUGGGGAUCUGAACUACAGGAUAUGUGAACUUGAGGUGGAUGAAGUGAAAAACCUAAUUGCCAAAAAAGAUUUUGAAACCCUGCAAAAAUUCGACCAGCUUCACCGGCAGAUCCAGGAAGAAGCUGUAUUCUCAGGCUUUGUGGAAGGGGAGAUUGCGUUCCAGCCCACGUACAAGUACAACACGGGCUCCGACCAGUGGGACAGCAGCGAGAAGUGUCGAGUGCCCGCCUGGUGCGACCGCAUCCUGUGGAAGGGUAAACUGGUCCAGCAGCUGCACUACCAGAGUCACAUGACCCUGAAGACCAGUGAUCACAAGCCUGUGAGCUCGCUGAUGGAGAUCGGGAUUAAGGUGGUGAACGAGGAAAAAUACAAGAAGACUUUUGAGGAGAUCGUGCGGAAUCUGGACAAGAUGGAGAACGAGUGCAUCCCGUCGGUGUCUCUCUCUGGGCGAGAGUUCGAGUUCAACGACGUGAAGUUCAUGCAGGAACAGACCAAGACACUGACCAUCUAUAACGAUGGACAAGUGCCAUGUCAGUACGAGUUCAUCCAGAAGCUGGAUGAACCCACCUACUGCAAACCUUGGUUGAUGGUCAGCCCACACCAAGGCUUCCUGGCUCAGGGGGAGAGCGUCGACAUCCAGUUAGAGUUGUACGUUAACCGUUCGACGGCCACGGAUCUGAACUCGGGCCAGCAGCAGAUAGAGGACAUCUUGGUGCUGCACCUGGACCGAGGCAAGGACUACUUCAUUUCCAUCACGGGCAACUACCUUCCCAGCUGCUUCGGCACCUCACUGCAGACCCUGUGCCACCUCAGGGAGCCCAUCCAGGACAUGCCUCUGGAAACCCUCCAGCAGCUGAUACUGAUGACAAGUGAAGAGGUCACGGAGAAGCCCCUAGACAUCCCCAAGGAGAUCUGGAUGAUGGUGGACCACCUGUAUCGUAAUGCUUCCAAGCAGGAGGACCUGUUUCAGCAGCCGGGUCUAAGGAGUGAGGUCGGAAAGAUCCGGGAUUGCCUAGACACUGGGACGCCGGAUUCUCUCCCCGGCAGUAACCAUUCGGUGGCGGAGGCCCUGCUCCUCUUCCUGGAUGCGCUUCCGGAGCCAGUGGUCUGCUAUUCGGCGUACCAGCAGUGCUUGGAGAGCUGCUCCAAUGCCAGCCAGUGUAAAAAGGUAAUUUCAUCGCUACCUCAGUGUCAUAAAAAUGUGUUCAACUAUCUGACAGCUUUUCUACGAGAGUUGCUGAAACAUUCACAAUAUAAUCAACUGGAUACCACCAUCUUGGCAACCAUCUUUUCCGCCUUUUUACUGAGGUCACCAGCGAAGCAGGAGCAGGCAGAGAAGAGGAAGACCUGGGAAUUCCUCACGCAUUUCCUCAUCCCAGAUCAUUCAUGACCACAUUCCCGUGGCUUUGGAAUAACAUACACAGCUUAAUGUACAGAACAAUAUUUUUUUAUAUAAAAAUUGUAAUUUGAUACGUGCAUAGACAAUUUGUUGUACCUUCGUUUUCAAAAUGAAGUAUAGAGCAGCAAAUAGUUUUAACAUGAGCUGUUAAUUUACCAGAAGAAUUGUAGAAAACUGACAUUUUUUUAAAAGUAUGUAUUUACAUGUUAGAUUCAGUUCAUUUGUACUGUUUGUAAAGUCAUUCUUUUUAUAUAUAAAUUGCUAGCUGUAUGCCUAUAUGCUUUAACUCCAUGGCUUCAUAUUGAUUUGUUAUAAUUAAAAUAUUUUAAUUUAAAUACA